AUGCUCAAAGUGCGGCCACUAACGCUAACAGUGCGGCCGCCGGCGGACCUGCGAGGCGAGCAGCUGGAGGGGCGAGACCUGCAGGGCGUGACGCUGCCGGAGGCGAGGCUGGCGGGCGCGAACCUCAAGGGAUCUGACCUGCGCGGCGCGGAUCUCGAAAAGGCGGCGCAGCUGGAGGGGGCAGAACUCGAAAGGGCGCAGCUGCAGGGGGCAGAUCUCUACCAGGCGCAGCUGCAGGGGGCAUGUCUCAACAGAGCGCAGCUGCAGGGGGCAGAUCUCCUAAGGGCGCAGCUGCAGGGGGCAGAUCUCAGCAUGGCGCAGCUGCAGGGGGCAGAUCUCCGCAACGCGCAGCUGCAGGGGGCAUAUCUCAGCAUGGCGCAGCUGCAGGGGGCAGAUCUCCGCUGGGCGCAGCUGCAGGGGGCAUAUCUCCGCGAGGCGCAGCUGCAGGGGGCAGAUCUCCACUGGGCGCAGCUGCAGGGGGCGAACCUCGGGGGCGCCGACCUGCGCGGCGCCGACCUCACCGGCGCCAACCUCGCUGCUGGCGCCAACCUGAAGAAUGCCGACUUGCGCGGCACAGUCCUCAUCGGCGUCAACCUCGAGAAGGCCGACCUCGAGGGCGCCAAACUGCAG